AUGUAAGUCUUAAUUAAUUCAAUCUAUGAAUCCACUGGAGAUACCAGAAUUGAAUUAAUUAAUUUAAUGCAAGAUGACAUUAAAACAAAGAAGGUCCUUGUUUUAGGUGACUUAAGCAGAGUUUUUGUUAUGAUAAAUUAAAUGCUUAUGGACACAAAUAAAUAAGUGAUCUUAGCUACACAUGGAUUACUGUUAUCUGUAUUUCUAUUAAACUUAUAUCAAGUUAAUUGAUUAUUUAUUACCUGCAGAAUUAGAAGGAGGAUUAAAACUCUUUCAAAAUUAACUUAUACAUAAUCUAGCUGAUAGUGAUAGACAUAUAAGAAAAUCAACUAAAUCCAUAUUUCUUAAAUUUAUUACUAAAACUAGAAAUUCAGAAUAAGUCUUAGAACUCUUAAGUGAUUCUUUUAAAAACAAAAACUUUUACAUUAGAGAAAGAUCUAUAAAUUUAAUUCCUGACAUAUUUAUAGCAGAUAAAUCAAUAUUCUGCAAUAGAACUGGGUAGACUUGUAAAUUUAUUUAGAAUUAAUGAAGUGAGAAAAGUUAUUGAAUGUAUUAUAAUUCAUUUAAACGAUGUUAAUGAAUCCGUCAGAAAAGCAAGUAAAAAAGUAAUACAGAAUCUUAAAAAUAUUGAAAAUUUUGAAUUAGUUUAUAGAAGAUUAGCAAUCUAACAUUAAAAUAUUGUAGAUAAAAUACAAUAAGAAAUGCCACCAAAAAUUGAUAAGUUUAUUGAAUUGAAUUUUAAAAUUCAAGAACAAACAGACCCUUUAAUUGAUUAAUUUAUACCUUUUGAAUUUAUUGCUAAAAAAAAUCUCACAAUCGAUGAUUUUCCUUAAGAUUUAAAAACAUAAUUAUAUUUUGGUUUUUUACCAAAGGAAAUAUUAUAAGACACAUUAAACUAAAAAGAUCUAACAAUAAGAGAAAGAGGAAUUACAGAAUUAAAUAUGUAGUUUUUUGAAAAUGAAAGUGAACAAUAAAAUUAUGAUUCAAAAAUAAUUGAUAAAAUUGUUAAGGGAAGCUUUAUGCCAUCAUUCUUUAAAUACAUAUCUUCAUUAUUUUUUAGUUAAGAUAAGAAAAUAAUAUUAAUGAUCUUAAAUAUAAUAGGUAAAGUAAUGUAAGUACCAGGUGUUCAAGUUAAUGUUUAUUUGCCAUUAUGUUUACCAGGAUUAAUUUAAUGUUUAAAGGAUGAAAGAGUAAUAAUCAGAUAAAAGUCCCUUUUUUUAUUAAAGAAAUUGACUAAUUAUAUUAGUAAAAAAUAAUAUUUUUAGAACUUAAUUUAUUUUAUAGAGUAAUAAAUGGAUAAUUGGCAUUAGAAGGAAGAAUUAAUAAAUUUGAUUUCAUAUUUAGUAUUGAUGAUUCAUCCAAAUGAAUAAUGGUUUUAUGGAAUAGAUUUAAAAGAGAUGUAAAUAAAAUAAGAAAAAAAAAUGGUUGAAGAAUAAUCAUUUAAUUUAAGAGAAGUUGAUUUUAAAAAGAGUUUAAUAGUAAUUGCUUCAUAUUUAAAUGAUUCUAUAGCUAAAGUUAAAUAUGCUGCAUUAGAAUGUUUAAGUUUAUUGGCUUAUUUAGAUAAGAAACAUUUGGAAUAUUUGCAUGAAGUAUUGAAUAAUUAAGUUUAUGAAAAAUUAAAUGAUAAAGUUGAUAAUGGAAUUGUAUAUUUUAUAAAUGAUAAUGGAAAUUUAGAAUUACCUUAAAUUAAUAUAAAAAAAUUAGAGGAAUAAAAAAUAUAAUCAUAAAUGAAAUUAUCAAUUGUUGAAUCAGUGUAAAUUGAACCAAAACCUUAGACUCCAAUAGAAUCAGAAAAAUCAGAAGAAAGUCAUUAUAAAGUAACAUAUUAUUAUGAUAAAUUUCCAAUGUCUUUAAAUGACAAAAUAAUAAAAUCUAAUGCUUCUAUAGAUAGUUUAUUUGCAUCAGAACAUAAAAAUAAUUAAGGAACAAAAUAUGAUAUGGUUAUUCCAAUAGGAUAAUUUUAAUAAACAAAAGCUAAUGAAUAAUUUAAAUUGAUAAACUCUAAUAUAUAUUUAGAAAAAGAAAGAGUAGAUGAUAAUUAAUAUGAAGAUGAAAUUAUGCAUUCAGAAGAAGAGGAAUUAUAAUCUAUUGAAUUUGAAUAUCCAACACGUACUUUAAAAUAUAGAGGUCAUGCUCCAGAAUAAAUUACAAAAUCUAAAUAUUAACCAAUCGAUGAUAUUAAAUCUAGAGUUUAACAUACUAUUAAAUAAUUAAAUGAAGACAUUAAUGUAGAUUUACAAAUACCUAAAGUAAUUAAAGCUAAUGUAGGAGCUUAUUCUGGAUAUAAAUUUGAAGUAGAAGAAGAUGAAGAUGAUGAAGAAAUAUUUAUUGAUACAAAAUAAAUAAAAUAAUAACAUAAAUAAUUAUAAUUUAAUUAGGAAGAAGUUAUAAUAAAUAAUGAAUAAAAAACAACAGAAAACAUCACUAAUAUUUAAAUAGAAUAAGUAUAAGACAUAAUUAAAAAUUAAUAACUAAUAUAUACACCAGAGUAACGUUAUUAAAAAAGGUUAGAUGAAUUUUUAUUAUCUUUUGAAGAAAGAGAUGGUAAAAAUAAAGGUAGAAAUGCGAGAAAAUUAAAAAAAAAACUUAAAGAAAUUGCAAAAUAAGAAGAAUUACCAAAAGUGUUUGAUAUGCCUGUUUAUAUUGAUAAUGCAAGAGCAGAAACUGCAGCUUUAUUAAUUAAUUUAUCAUCAUUAAAUUUAGAUUUAUUGGCAAUGUCAUUAAAUAAAUUAAAACUAUUAUUAUUAAAUCAUUUAUCUGAUGUUUAUGCCUCAUAAGUUCCAUUAUUAUAAAUUGUUAAUGAUGUAUGUAGAAUAUUAUCAACUUAAACUGAUAAUCCUCUUUAUGCUAUUGAUUAUUCAUAAUAUAAAAAGAAUAUUCCACCUUAAAUUAUUGUUAGAAAAAUUGUUUUCAUUGCCCUUUAAACUUUAAGUGUUGCUGUCUAAACAUUAAGAAGUACUUUAAUUUAAGUCUAAAAAUUAUUUUCUGUUUGUGGAGUUUGGCUUUAAGAUGAUAAUAAAUAAGUUAGUUAAUAAGCUGAAUAAACAAUGCUUGAUAUUCUAAGAUUUUGUGAUGAUUCUUAAUUGUAGAAUAUUUUACCUAAUUUAUAUAAUAAACAUUCUUUUAAUAGUAAAAUUUAUGUUGGAGUACUCAUAGAACAUUUAAUUAUCAAGUAUCAAAGUGAAAUUUUUAAAUCCGUUCAUUUCAAUAACAUUAUUUAAUUAAUAUCUUAAAUGAUCAUAGAUUAAUCAUUUGAUGUUAGAAGAAUUGGAAAAAAAGUAUUUUUUAAGAUCUUGACACUUGGAAAAUAUCAAAUUGAAGAAAUUGUUAUGUAAAUGCAUUAGAAAGAAAAAUAAUCAAUGAAAGAAUUAAUGCAAAGAUAUGAUGAACUAGUUACUGAUCAUUAAAUUGGAAUCUUUGAUUAGGAUGAAUAUAUGGGAUAAUAAGUUAUACCUCAAAAAAUUAAUUUUGAAUAUGAAAUGAUUGAUGACUAAAUUUUUAUGAAAUGA